UCCAAUAAUUUCGAAUUCAAUCUUUACGUUGGCGACGGCAUGCGAGCAUUUGAGAGAGUUGUCGGCGAUUCAUUGGAACAAAGUUUUUGGAGCCUUCCAAGGCUGCGCUACCGCACGAAGAAUCCAUUGCCGUCCUGUGAACUCUCAGCGCUCUUUCACCGUCUCUGGGCGAUCAUCGUCCAAUUUUCCACUUAAUCCACGGUAUUUUUCCUCUUCCCUUUCCGCUCCUGAAAUUUCCCCGCCUCUUUCGAGUUCCCGGCAAAAUUCAAUUUCAUUUCUAGGGUUUUUCGGCCCCGCGAACCCGAACCCGAACCCCCUACUGGAUUGUGCUUCGUUUUCUGUUUUCUGGUUGUUGGUUGAGUAAUUUCUGUGGAUUGUUGGAUGCUUAAAUCUGAAUUCAUUUUUGGGUUAUGGGUUUUGGUUGUUUUUGUGUUUGAUUUAAUGGGUAUUGUGGUUUGCCUUUGAAUAUGAGGUGAGUUGAGUGACUGAUCUCUUCUAGUUAUAACUUGUACUCACCUGGUUGGAAUGGGUAUUGAGUUUGCAAAGUAAGUUCUGAUUGGAUAUUAACUGUUUCACAUGGAUAAUGAGGUGAUUGAAUUUGAUAUUGGAUUGGGGGGAGGCAGUGGGAGAGAUGGAGAUGACUAUUCUAUGGCUAUGGUGCAUGAUUCCAUGGAGGAAGAGGAAAUGAUUGAUAGCCCUCCUUUGAGUGGUCUUGGUUGUGGUGCUGGCAGUGGUGAGAUUUAUCUUCCUGAUGGUGAUCUUUUGGAUCUUGAACCUCAUGAAGGAAUGGAAUUCGAGUCGGAAGAGGCUGCCAAGGCUUUCUAUAACUCGUAUGCUCGACGGGUUGGGUUUAGUACUCGUGUCAGCUCCUCCCGUCGAUCUAGGCGUGAUGGAGCGAUUAUACAGAGGCAAUUUGUUUGUGCCAAAGAGGGGUUUAGGAAUAUGAAUGAGAAACGAACCAAAGACCGAGAAAUUAAGCGCCCUCGAACCGUUACAAGAGUCGGUUGCAAAGCAUCCUUGUCUGUAAAGAUGCACGAUUCUGGGAAAUGGGUUGUGUCUUGUUUUGUUAGAGAGCAUAACCAUGAGUUAGUUCCUCCUGAUCAGGUGCACUGCUUAAGGUCUCAUAGGCAAAUAUCAGGUCCAGCAAAGACCUUGAUUGAUACUUUACAGGCUGCUGGGAUGGGACCUCGCAGGAUUAUGUCUGCACUCAUAAAGGAGUAUGGUGGAAUCAGUAAAGUUGGAUUUACGGAGGUCGAUUGUCGAAAUUAUAUGAGGAAUAAUCGCCAAAGGAGCUUAGAAGGCGACAUUCAACUGCUGUUGGAUUACUUAAGGCAAAUGCAUUCUGAAAAUCCUAACUUCUUCUACGCCGUGCAGGGAGAGGAGGAUCAGUGGGUAGGCAAUGUCUUUUGGGCUGAUCCAAAGGCUCAGAUGAACUAUACUUACUUUGGCGAUACUGUUACAUUCGACACGACCUAUAGAUCGAAUAGAUAUCGUCUGCCCUUCGCUCCUUUCACCGGGGUGAAUCACCAUGGACAGCCAGUGUUGUUUGGUUGUGCUUUUCUAAUAAAUGAAUCUGAAGCAUCGUUUAAUUGGCUAUUUAGAACGUGGCUUUUAGCAAUGUCUGGUCACCCACCUAUGUCGAUUACUACCGAUCAUGAUGCAGUAAUACAGUCAGCCAUCGCACAAGUUUUCCCUGAGACCCGUCACCGUUUUUGCAAAUGGCAUAUUUUCAAGAAAUGCCAGGAGAUGCUAUCACAUGUGUUCCUUAAACAUCCAAGCUUUGAAGCUGACUUCCAUAAGUGUGUAAACUUGACUGACUCCAUUGAGGAAUUUGAGUCCUGCUGGUUGUCGCUCGUCGACAGAUAUGAUCUCAGGGAUCACGAGUGGCUUCAGACGGUUUACUCUGCUCGGAGGCAGUGGGUUCCGGUGUAUUUGAGGAACACUUUUUUUGCUGAAAUGUCUAUUACACAACGAAGUGAUAGCAUGAAUUCAUAUUUUGAUGGGUAUGUGAAUGCUUCAACCAAUUUGAGUCAGUUCUUCAAACUGUAUGAAAAAGCUCUUGAGAGUCGAAAUGAGAAAGAAGUAAAAGCAGAUUAUGAUACAAUGAACACUUCCCCUGUUCUAAAGACUCCAUCACCAAUGGAAAAACAGGUUUCUGAGCUUUACACCAGGAAGCUGUUUUCACGGUUCCAAGACGAGUUAGUUGGCACGUUAACUUUCAUGGCCUCGAAGGCCGAUGAUAACGGGGAAGUUAUAACUUAUCAAGUGGCCAAAUUUGGAGAGGAUCAUAAAGCUCACUAUGUGAAGUUUAAUGUUGUGGAGAUGAGGGCAAAUUGUAGUUGCCAGAUGUUUGAGUUUUCAGGCCUUUUGUGCAGACAUAUCUUGGCUGUCUUCAGAGUGACCAAUGUGCUUACUCUUCCAUCUCAUUACAUAUUGAAACGAUGGACGAGAAACGCGAAGAGUAACGUGAUAUUGGAGGACCAUGUGAACGAUAUCUAUAACAACUAUCUCGAAUCUCAUACUGUGAGAUAUAUUACCCUACGCCACGAGGCUUUUAAAUUCAUCGAGGAAGGAGCAAAGACUAUCGAUACAUAUAAUGUGGCGAAGGAUGCCCUUCAGGAGGCUGUAAAAAGGGUUUCUCAUACGCCAAGGAAUAACAGUAAAAUUUCUUCGAUCGAUGGGCGAAUUAAAGCGGACCCUGCAAAUGAUAUAAGCUAUACUAAUCAUAGUAGUAGCACAGGUCAAGACAGGAGCUUGGGUAUAAACAUGUCCGAGGACGAUUUGGACAAGAAAAUCAAUGAACUGACGAACGAGUUGGAGUGUGCAAAUCGAAAGUGUGAAGUGUAUCGAUCUAACCUUUUUUCGGUGCUGAAAGAUAUUGAUGAUCACAAGUUGCAAUUAUCUAUUAAAGUGCAGAACAUAAAAAUCAGUAUGAAAGACAGCAUUUGAAGCUGUAGUAGAAGUAUAUAGCAAGUCUUUGACUCACCUCGAUACCAAAACAUUGUGUAACCUUGGUCCCAUCGAGAAGUCGACUAGUUCGAGGAAUGUAAAUUUGAGUUUUUGUCGAGUAAUCGAGGCUCCUACAUCGGUAUGCAACAACUAAGAUGGAUGACUGCGUAUCUAUCUUCAUUGCAAGUUUUUUCUAGGCGUUCAAUGGGUCUUCUUUGAACCCAAUGGUGAUUCGAGUUUAAUCGUCUUCUUCACCGAUUCGAGUCUCCAAAUCCUAAUUGAAAAUUACAUGGGGAGAAAAUGACUGUUUUGAAGACCGUGGCGAUGUUCGUCUUAUUGAUGGCUAACCUUCUCAGAUCAGCAUCGUUUUCGACAUCAAUAUCCGAGGACCUCCACUAUAACUUGGCGUUUGACGUUAAGGUGAUUUUUUAUUCCUCGAUGAUUGUACUUGUGGCUUUAGAGUACUGUUCGAGAUCAAAGAUGAAAUUCUCCAGAUAGCAUGAUGAGCCCUGCAAAAGAACUUAGAUUUCGACAAGUGAUGCUUUUACCUUACUAAAAUGGGUUGCACCCUUGUCGAUGCUUGUUUUCUCACUAUUCUCAUGGUGAGGUUUACUAUAGCGCUCAAAUUCGCUAGAUCUGUCCUCACAACAUCGAGGCAACUCUUAAAUCUUUGGUAAGGUUUGUCACCAUCCGAACUUUUGCCUUUUGGGAGCUAUCUAAUUCUUUCAUACACUCCUCCAUCUGGGCUACAGAGCUGGUCGAGCUAUCCCACGCUCCAAGCUACCUGUAAUGGUCUCUCAAGUUUUAUCGUUGUGUCUAUUUGGUUCUUGAAAUUUUAAAAUUAACAUUUUAAUCCUA